GGUAAAUGCCAGCGACCUCAACAGCUCACUUUGACAGUUAAAAAAUGGCAGUUGUUCUGUCUCUCGACCUCCAUAAACCCUUCUGUACCGAGCUUCAGUUCCAAAACCCUAGUUUCAAUCCCCUCAAAUAUCACCGUAAAAAUCAAAACGAUCGUUGCAGUUUUUUCAUUCCCACGAAAAGUAAAAGCUAUUGUAGCCUAACCGUGAAUGGAUUGAGCUCGGACUCGGACCAAAAGGCUCCACAAGAUAACGAAGUGAAUAAUGUAGGCGUUAAAGCUGCACUAUCUAUGCUUAGAUUUUACAAACGGGAAAUCUCACCAAUUUUGCCAAAGAGUUGUAGAUAUGUACCAACGUGUAGCGAGUAUUCAAUGCAAGCUUAUAAGAAAUAUGGAGUUGUAAAGGGCACCGUCUUGACUGCGUGGCGUCUCUGUCGUUGCAAUCCCCUUGGCGGGUCUGGAUUUGAUCCUCCGCGGUGGUUUGAUGAGGAACCUCCACCUGAAGUAUGAGACCAUUUACUCUUAUGGCUGCCAAUCUAAAGGAAUCAAAAUUUGGAAUGGUCCCGACAGGAACAACAGCUUAGCCGAAGUUGCCAUGUGAUUGGUUUCUUCAGGUAGACGAGGAUGAAUUAAUGAAUAAUGUAGUGGGAUUAUCCGAAUAAUAUCUCCAAGACCUCCACUAUCAGCUCAAGCUCCAAUAACUACAAGAUGUCUCUGGAAUGUGGCACCAAUUUUUAAGUGGGCAACCUUAUUUUUUAAGUUAUGGGAGACUUCGUCUUGAUUCUUGUUUUCUUGUAUAGUGGUUGUUAAAUGGCACAAUAAACCACAACUCAAAACUAAUAAACAAUAAGUAACAUUUAUAAAGAAUU